AUGCCUGUGUCGCCAUCUACGCCUGCCCAUGGUGUAGACGAUGCUGUCUCUAGUGGAGCAUCAACUACACGUUCAAGACCAUCUGACAAGACCAAAGGGAUUCGGAAUCAGAAUGCGUGCGAUGCUUGCCGCGACAGAAAGGUCAAGUGCCAGGAGAAGAACAAUGCGUUGCUUGCCUCGCCCUUGGGACAGACUGUGUCCAUAAAAAGCCUCGUAGAAAGCGAGGCCCACAGCGGAAGUGAGUCUCAGAUUGAAAAUCCCAUCCUCAGGAGAUUCCCAGAAUAUUGUGCUCAUCAGCUGAUAGAGUGA